AAAACUAGUGUACACAGGGCCGCUGUACAACAUGGUAUAAGCUGGGCUGUAGCUGGACGAAAUGAAGCUCGUCUCCAACAAGUGUUAUCAGCUGCUGGUCGAGCUGUAUCAGCUGAUCUGUCUAGUGUGCCAGUCCUGCUGUGUGAUUGUGGAGAUUCCAAUUCUCUUAUACAGAUGGCGCGCAGAAGCAGAGUUCUUCUUAACUGUGUUGGACCGUACAGGUUCUUUGGUGAGGCCGUUGUGGAGGCUUGUGUUGAGGCCGGGGCCCAUCAUGUUGAUAUAUCUGGAGAACCAGCUUUCCUAGAGAAAAUGCAACUUAAAUAUCAUCAGAAGGCUGUGGAGAAUGGAGUGUAUGUGGUUGGAUCCUGUGGUUUUGAUUCAAUACCCUCGGAUCUUGGUCAAAUCUGUGUCAGGAAGGAGAUGAAGGGAGAUCUCAACUCCGUGGAGACAUUCCUCAGUGUAAGUAUUCCACCUCUACCAGGAGCUGCAUUAAACUUUGGAACCUGGCAGAGCGCAAUUUAUGGGUUUGCUUACGCUCAGGGACUAGGAAAGAUGUUUUACGCACCGGAAGUGGAUUCCUACUGCAUGCCGUUCCUAGGCGCAGAUAGAUCAGUCAUGCUCAGGACUCAAAGAGAGAUUUACCACGGGAAAGAAGAAAAUCCUGCACAAGUUCAGUGCUAUGUAGAGAUGUCCCGCCUGAAUAUAAUUCUAACAAUGCUGGUUGGAAUAGUAUUCGGUAUCCUAGCUUCAUUCAAGUUCGGCAGGUCUCUUCUGGAGAACUAUCCCGGAUUUUUCUCUCUGGGAGCAGUAAGCAAGCAAGGGGUACCGAAAGCAAAGGCUGAUGAAACUAACUUCACGAUGACAUUGUUGGGUAAAGGUUGGGAUUAUAAAGGAGAUCAUGAUUCACCACCUAACAGGGUUGUAAAGACAAUUGUGAAAGGGAAGAAUGUCGGAUACGGUGCUACUUGUGAAUGCUUGGUUCAGGCUGGUUUAGUGAUUCUUCAAGAAAUGGACAGGUUGCCAAGUGUAGGAGGAGUGUAUACUCCUGGAUUCGCUUUUGCUGAAACUACCCUGGUUGAUCGUCUUCAUAAACACGGAGUCACAUUUGAUACAACAAUUCUUAACUAAAUGUGAGAGGAGCCUUGGAGCUGGUGUGAGUCAUCCUCAGAUAAAAAAAAACGCAACUUGAAAUCAACCCUGGUUCAAAUGCAUUUAUGAAAUUUAAGUAAAUAAAUAUCAAUGCUCCCUUUAAAAAAUAUAUUUUACGUUUUUAAAGAAUGUAACAAUUGUGUUGUUUGAUAAAAACAUCGGGAAUAGAAAUGAAGAAAAACCUUCUAGCUUGAGUUUAGUGUUAUGAGAUUAACAUGGAGCUGAAAUCUUCAUCUUGAAAAUAAACAUGUAAUUAAAUGCAUUUAUGAAAAAAAACUUUUAGAUUUUAA